GUGAAAAACAAAUUUUUAGACUUCCAGUGUAGACUACAAGAAUUACGGGAAUAGAACGUCUUAGUUCUUUCAAUAAUAAUUUAUCGACUAUGUAGACCAUUAAAUUUAGUCGUUUGAGAACCAAACUACAUAAACUCAAUAAUAAAAUGACAUCAAUAACGUCGGAAAGGGUAGAAUGGGUCGAGAUAAUCGAACCCAGGACUAAAGAACAUAUGUAUGCAAAUUUAACAACUGGUGAAUGUGUUUGGGAUGCGCCUGUAGGAGUGCCCGUAAAAAAGACAGACAACAACCAGUGGUGGGAACUAUUUGACCCUAUCACUAAUCGUUUUUACUACUAUAAUACAGCUUCUCAAAAAACAGUUUGGCAUCGACCUCCUAAUUCUGAUAUUAUACCUUUGGCUAAAUUACAAACAUUAAAACAAAAUACUGAACCUGCUGUGAAUGAUGAAAAUGAUCGUAAAUAUUCUAAAGAAUCUGUGUCAACUCAGACACCUGGCCGCAAUAGAAUGACAGUACCCCUUUCAUCAAGUAAUCAAACGUUGGGUAAUGUUGAGAAUGUUAAAACUUUUAAGUUAAUGGACCCAGUUACUUCAACUAAACGUUCUGUGGAUUCUGAAACUCAAACUUCUCCUCUUACACCUCGCAGAUCUCACCAUCAUCAUCAUCAUCAUCAUCAUCAUCAUAAACAUCAACAACAAGCUAGUACACCAAGUAGAGGACGACGUGGAAAUCAGCCUAAUGUUUGGUACAAUCGUACUGCUUAUUCACAAGAUUCUGGUCGUUCAAGUGAUUCAAGUUGUGUUUCUAUUCAAUCAUCUAGUGGCAAAGAUGCUAAUCCUGGUUUAUCCAUGUCUGCCAGUACACCGCUAUUUAGAAAGAAACUUUCUCAACCACCUACACCACAAAAUAAUCUUCCUAUUCAACGAAGUUCUUCCAAUGCUUCUCAAUACCAAUUAUUAUUAGGCAAACAAAAAAGCUUUGAUACUGAUAUAAGUAUUGGAGGUGGCUACAGUCUUGGUCAUGAUAAUCGUAACAACAGUUGUUCUCGUCCUCGCCCUCCUGUUGUACUGUCUUCCAGUUUAUCUAAUAGUCAGAUUUGUAGGAGUCAAAGUUUUGCACAAAAGUCAAUUGCUACUAAAACUUCAAUUGAAGCAGAAGAAGAAGAUUCAAUGCAUGAAAAAUAUCUUGCUCCGAGUGGAUUACUGGGGAUGCCUCCACGACAUGGCAAAAAAUCUGUAGAAUCCACUCCUUUGAGCUCUCGGAAAUGGCAUUCUCACUCUGAUACUGGUUCUCCUACAGCAUCUAAAUCACGGCCACCAUUAACUCCUGAAUAUGCUAACUUCGCAGCUCCUCCUCCUCCACCUGCUGCUCCAAGUCAGUCUAGUUCAAAAUCAUCUUUAACACAAUCAGUAAAACAUACAAAAUGUUCAAAAGAUGUUGGACUUUCAAGUAGUGAUGAUGAUUCAGGAGAAAAUGAUAAUUCUAGUUCUAGUGUAUCAAGUAGUCCCCCAACAGCUAGUAAAAUUGAUCAAAGAUUAAGAUCUGACAACAAAACUAUAGAUAACCAUUUAAAAGCAAGACCAGUAUCAAAUCAUUCAAGCUCAUCUAGUCAACGUGGUGGAGUUGUUCGAAAAAGUAUUAGUCCAGCCACAUCAGAUCAAAAACAAACUCCACUAUAUAGUAAUUUAGAUAUGUAUGAAGGUAGAAUUUUGCCUCUUCAUCAAUACAUUUUAGAACAAGCAAAAUUAUCAGGAUCAUCAUAUAGGUUUGGAGAUACAGUUGGUACUUUUUCUGAAGAUGAUGAUGCUGAAAUUGAAGAUUUAAUUAGUGUUAUGGGCACAGCUACUGGAUAUGAUAGUGAUGAGUUUGCUGAUGAUGAAGGAGCGGUUAGUCAGGGUGAACAAUCUAGUUCACCAUCUCCAUCAAAUGCAUCUUCUAGACAUUAUUUAAGAGAUGAAUUAGACUAUGAUCAUUUGACAGCAAUGAGAACAUCACAACCUCGGAGUUAUGUUAAUGAUACUCGAGUAAAUGAUUAUACAAUUGAAUCUAGUAGUAAUCAACAUUAUUAUAAUACAGUUACAAAUACUUUAUCAUCUCAAAGAUCAGCAAAUCUAGUCACACCAUCAAUGUCUGAUCCAUUUAGCAAUUCAGCUCCAACUCUUCCUUUAGAAACUCAACAUACAUCAUUAAGAAGAAGAAAAGAUCAACAUGUUCAACCUCCAGCAGCUUUAUAUUCUCCAAUUAUGGAAAGAAAUGAGACUUCUAGAACUUUGUUAAAUCGAGAUAAAAAAACUACUUCUGAAAGUGAUAUUGAAAAAUAUGCCCAGGACAACCUAAAUAUACAUAAGAAGGGUAUUUUCAGAAAAAAAUUUUCAGUAAGAGACAUGCUUUCAUGGUCCAAGGAUCCAAUUCGUAAACCUAUGCUAGUGUUAUCUGACAAAGCAUUGAAAAAAGAAGCUUGUGAUUUAUUUAAAUUAGUUCAAACCUAUAUGAGUGAUCGCAAAGCAAAAUUAGGAAUGACUUUAAACAGUGUGGCUCUAGAAAUAUGUAUGAUUGGUUUUAUGAAACCAACCCUUCGAGAUGAAUUAUACAUACAAAUAUGUAGACAAACAACAGAAAAUCCUAGAAAAGAAAGCUUGCGUCGUGGAUGGGAACUUUUGGCUAUUUGUUUAUCUUUUUUCCCACCUUCUCCUAAAUUACAAAAAUACUUAGAAAGUUACAUGGAAAGACAUAGAGAUCCAGGUUUAGAUAGUUAUGCUACUGAAGUUGGUCGUUGGCCUGUUCAUGUCCAAGUAAGCCAUUAUGCCAGUGUGGCCACUAAAAGAUUACACAGAAUGGGUGUAGAUGGUAAAAAAGCAGUUCGAAGACCAACAUUGGAAGAUAUUGAACAAGCUAGAAUGCAAAUAUUCAGACCUAGUCUUUUUGGAAAUACAAUCAGUGAAGUUAUUGAUCUUCAAAAAGAACGCUUUCCAAACUAUAAAUUACCUUGGGUACAAACCACAUUAUCUGAACUAGUACUAAGGCACAGAGGUGAUCAGACAGAAGGAAUAUUUAGAGUACCAGCUGAUAUGGACGAAGUAAUGACCCUUAAGAGUCGUUUAGAUGUAUGGGAAGUUCCUGGAUCUGAAGAAUUGACUGAUGCUCAUACUCCAGCAUCUUUAUUAAAACUAUGGUAUCGUGAAUUAUAUGAGCCUCUUGUACCUGAUCACAUGUAUGCCGAGUGUAUUGCUGCUCAUCAAGAUGCUCGCCGUGCUAUUGCUAUUAUUCAUCGAUUACCACCUAUAAAUAAAGCUGUUUUAGCUUAUCUUAUUCACUUCCUACAAUUGUUUACCAAACCUGAAGUUGUUCAUGUUACCAAAAUGGAUGCUAGUAAUCUGGCUAUGGUUAUGGCUCCUAAUUGUUUACGUUGUACUUCGAUUGAUCCUCGUGUAAUAUUUGACAAUGCUCGUAAAGAGAUGGCUUUUAUGCGUUUGUUAAUUUUACAUUUUGAUGCGUCCUUUAUGGAAGGCGUAUAUUAAACAGAUCUGUUAUGUUUAAUAACUAAUUACUGGAACUGUAUUAGUUUCAAAACUACACAAACCAAAGGUUAUUAUUAUGAAAGCUUAAUUGCACACUAAUUUAAUUAUUUUUAAGCUAAUAUAAAUUAUAAUAUAUACGUAUGAUAAAUUAAAUUUGAUGACUAAAUGUUUGACAUUGAUUUUUAGUAGUUUAGAUAAGUGUUACCAUGUAAAUGACUUGCAAAAUUUUACUUAAAAUAUAAUCUUAUUACUUAAAUACUACUUUAAUUAUAUACCCUCCCA